AUGAGCACUUGUGUUGAACCGCCAACGCAGUUGGCCAGCCUCGAACCGGGCGCCGCGCAGCGUUUGCCGUACCCUGCUCUGCCGGGCGUGCGCGGCAGUGGCUUCGUCGUCGCUGCUCCCGUCUCGUCGGCCCAGAAGGCUGACGACGACGCAUCGGACGACGACGACGACGAACACCAGGAUGAUCGGCACGAGACGUACGGAUCGCACUACCUGCGGCAUCUCGGCGUGGAGGCGUCGUCGGUGCAUGACCCGCGCGACGAGGGCACCGCGGACGCGUGGGUGGAGCGCAGCCCGUCGCUGAUCCGUCUCACGGGGAAGCACCCGUUCAACGGCGAGCCGCCGCUGCCACAGCUCAUGCGGCACGGCUUCAUCACGCCAGCCCCUCUGCACUACGUGCGCAACCACGGUCCCGUCCCGCGCGGGGACUGGGCGACGUGGACCGUGGAGGUGUCCGGACUCGUCCGGCGCCCCGCGCGCUUCACCAUGUACGAGCUCGUCCGCGACUUCCCGGCCCUGGACCUGCCCGUCACGCUCGUCUGCUCCAGCAACCGGCGUAAGGAGCAGAACAUGGCGCGCCAGACGCUGGGCUUCAACUGGGGCCCCGGCGCCGUGUCCACGUCCGUGUGGCGCGGCGCGCGCCUCCGCGACGUGCUGCGCCGGUGCGGCGGCGUCGCCGACGGCGCGCUCUACGUGUGCUUCGAGGGCGCCGAGGACCUCCCCGGCGGCGGCGGCGGCGGCGGCGGAUCCAAGUACGGCACCAGCAUCACGCGCGAGCGGGCCUUGGACCCCACCAUGGACGUCAUGCUCGCGUACCAGCAGAACGGCGGGCCGCUGCUGCCCGACCAUGGGUUCCCCGUGCGCCUCAUCGUCCCCGGAUGCACGGCCGGCCGCAUGGUCAAGUGGCUCCGGCGCAUCGUCGUCACCACAGCUGAGUCCGACAAUUACUACCAUUACCGGGACAACCGAUUCCUGCCGUCCCACGUCGACGCCAAGCUCGCCGACGCCGAAGGCUGGUGGUACAAGCCGGAGUAUGUGAUCAACGAGAUGAACACAAACUCGGUGAUCACAACGCCAGGGCACAAUGAUUUCCUGCCCAUCAACGCCAUCACGACACAGCGCACCUACACCAUGAAGGGAUUCGCCUACUCGGGUGGUGGCAAGAAAGUGACGCGAGUUGAGGUGACGCUGGACGGCGGUGAGAACUGGCUCCUCUGCGCGCUGGACCACCCGGAGAAGCCCACCAAGUACGGCAGGUACUGGUGCUGGUGCUUCUGGUCCAUCGACGUCGAGCUCGCCGACCUUCUCGCCUGCAAGGAGAUCGCUGUCCGCGCAUGGGACCAAUCGCUCAACACCCAGCCCGAGUUCCUCACCUGGAACCUCUUGGGAAUGAUGACCAACUGCUGGUUCAGGGUGAAGGUGAACGUGUGCCGGCCGGGCAACGGGGAGAUAGGGCUUGCGUUCGAGCACCCGGUGCAGCCCGGCAACCAGGCGGGCGGAUGGAUGGCGCAGCAGAAGCGCCUCGAAACCGCGGAGGCCGCCGGUGCCGCGCCGGCUCUCCCACCGCGCAGCACGUCCGCGGCGACCAUCACCAACACCGCCAACCAGUUCACCAUGUCCGAGGUGCGCAAGCACGCGUCUCGGGACUCGGCGUGGAUCGUCGUCCACGGCCACGUCUACGACUGCACGGAGUACCUCAAGGACCACCCGGGCGGCGCCGACAGCAUCCUCAUCAACGCUGGCACCGACUGCACCGAGGAGUUCGACGCCAUCCACUCCGACAAGGCCACGGACCUUCUCGACGCGUACCGCAUCGGCGAUCUCGUCACCACCGCUGGCACCGAGCAGGCAUCCCACCUCGAGCUCACCCCCAUCGGGGGCCCAGCGGCGCCCGUCGUGGCGCUCUCCAACCCGCGGGAGAAGGUCCCGUGCCGGCUCGUCGCCAAGACGGUGCUGUCCCGCGAAGUCCGCCUGUUCCGCUUCGCGCUGCCGUCGUCCGGCCAGGUGCUCGGUCUCCCGGUCGGCAAGCACAUCUUCGUGUGCGCCAGCAUCGACGGCAAGCUGUGCAUGCGGGCGUACACGCCGACGAGCUCCGUGGACGAGGUCGGGCACUUCGACCUCCUGGUGAAGGUAUACUUCAAGAACGAGAACCCCAAGUUCCCCGACGGCGGGCGCAUGACCCAGUACCUGGACUCGCUUCCGGUCGGCGCCCGCGUCGACGUCAAGGGGCCGCUCGGCCACGUCGAGUACGUCGGCCGGGGAGGCUUCGUGAUUAACGGCAAGCCGUGCAGGGCGGGCCGCCUCGCCAUGGUCGCCGGCGGGAGCGGGAUCACGCCGAUAUACCAGGUGAUCCAGGCGGUGCUGCGCGACCAGCCGGAGGACCGGACGGAGAUGCACCUCGUGUACGCCAACCGGACGGAGGACGACAUCCUCCUGCGCGGCGAGCUGGACCGGUGGGCAGCCGAGUACCCUGACAGGCUCAAGGUCUGGUACGUCAUCAGCCAGGCGAAACGCCCGGAGGAGUGGAAGUACAGCGUCGGGAUCGUGACGGAGGCCAUUCUGCGGGAGCACGUGCCGGAGGGCGGCGACGGCACGCUGGCUCUCGUCUGCGGGCCGCCGCUAAUGAUCCAGUUCGCCAUCUCGCCGAACCUAGAGAAGAUGAAACACCACGUCGAUUCUGUCAUCGUCUUCUAA